ACACACACACACACACAUAAAUCUUACAAAACCUUUUUGUGUAUAAAUAUAAAUAUCUCAAAUUUCAACUUUGAUUCUUGGAAAAUAAGUGGUUUUGUGGUCAACUAUAGCUUUGUUUUUGGAAUUGGGUUAGCAGGUAGCCAUGAGUGUGAGAAGCCAUGGAGGCAUAAGAAGGACCCUGUAUCUGCUCUUCCUUGGUCAGCUCACAUCUUUUUUCAUGUCACUUAUGAGCUUCACUUCUUCUCUGGUAGCCGAUCUUGGUGCGGACACUCCACUGACUUUGUCAUUCUUUUCUUACUUGUUGUUGUCAUUGGUGUACGGAAGCCUCUUCAUUUUUAGGCGCCAGAAACUCAUGGUUCCCUGGUAUUGGUAUCUUCUCUUAGGCUUUGCUGAUGUCCAAGGAAACUAUCUUGUCAACAAGGCUUACCAAUACUCGUCAAUUACAAGUGUGACAAUGCUGGACUGUUGGACAAUCCCAUGGGUGAUAUUGCUGACUUGGAUCUUCCUCGGAACCCGAUACUCCCUAUGGCAGUUCUUUGGUUCCGCUGUCUGUGUUUCCGGGCUAGGCCUAGUCCUCCUAUCUGAUUCCGGGGUGAGCGGAGGAGGUGGCUCUAGACCUCUUCUGGGAGAUGCAUUAGUAAUUAUGGGAACACUUUUCUUCGCAUUGAGUAAUGUUGGUGAGGAGUUUUGUGUGAAGAAGAAAGAUCUGGUUGAAGUUAUCUCAAUGAUGUCAAUAUCUGGGUUACUAGUGAGCAUUUGUCAGAUAGCUAUCAUGGAAAGGAAGAGUCUAGAGUCGGUGAAAUGGUCUGCAGAAAUUAGUCUGGCAUUUGCUGGUUAUCCUUUUGCAGCCUUUCUGUUCUACUCAUUUGUUCCUUUUGUUCUAAAGAUGAGCGGAUCCACACUGUUAUGUUUGUCUCUUCUAACUUCGGAUAUGUGGGCAGCUGUCAUCCGAAUAUUUUUCUACAAGCAGAAGAUUGACUGGCUAUACUAUCUAGCUUUCGUGCUAGUAGUUAUUGGACUUGUUGUAUACUCGAAAACCGAGAAGGGACGGGUUUGUGCAGCAGAGAGUGAGGAUGGUUUGGCGUACGAAAUUCUGGAUGGAGAGUGCACAGAUGCAAGAAAAGAUACUGCGGAUGUCGUUGAUGUUUGAAGGGCUUGUGUUGUUUCUUGGCAGCUCUUCAUAGAAUUGAAUUGCAGCACAUCCCUAUAUUUGAUAAAGAAAUGCCAACACUUGAGGAAGCAUGGAUAUACUAGAACUUGUGUCACCUUUGGCUGUUUGUAUUCCUCUAGGUGGCCAUAUGCAAAUUGCUUUUCCUUGUUGUUGGCCUUGAUAGGAAUUAUUCAUCUCUAAGUAGAUAAUAUAAGCUUUUUAAGAAUGUAAAAUGAUACGAUACUCAGUAUAAGUUAUUUUCUUGUGGAAGUGUCUCACACCUAAGAUUGGAUUUAUGUGAGUUUUCAACCUGAGAAAGUGGCGAGAACACAGAUUAUUCUUCCCCUCUUUGUAUUCUGAAACCAUCAAGCUAUUCAAAAUCCAACGACAACACCAUUUCCG